AUAUAUGUAGGAUAUGUCAAAGGAUUUGUAAUGCUCGUACAUUAGGGAAUGUACUCUUUUGGCGUAACUAGGCUGUUCCCACUCCGCUGGCAGCUACGUCACUAAGAAGUCUGAAAACAUUAUUGUUACCGCGUUUAGCUGAGCUUGGAAUUUAUUAGCUGUGAAGGAUGGUGGGUCAACGGAGGGGGAGAAGUAAAUAGCUAGCUAGUAUUGCAUACCAGCGAUAUAGCAGUUAGGAAACACCUAGCGUAUUUAGAUAGCUAGCUGGCAAGCGUGUGCCACAAGCCAGUGCCAGCAACAACACAGGAAGAAAAUAACGUCGACCUGUGGAAAAAGCAAGGGAUCGCAUGCAGAGCAGUUGGCUGUACAGCUAGCUAGCUUCUCCCAAUGCGCUUUCUUAAAAGAAGGGGGACCGACCACCAUGUCCUUCUCCGGUAACCUGGUCUGGGAUUUAAGGAAGCGCUCAAUCGGGUGUUAUGAACCCAGUGCCGUCAGGAUUAAUUAUCUGGGAAGAAGCGAAUUUGUUCAAAGGCUGAAACUUGAAGCUACGCUGAAUGUACAUGAUGGCUGUGUAAAUACCAUAUGCUGGAAUGAUACCGGCGAGUACAUCCUCUCAGGAUCUGAUGAUACGAAUUUAGUCAUUUCAAACCCAUACAACAGAAAGGUGAAGGCAGCCAUCCGCUCAGGGCACCGGGCGAACAUCUUCAGCGCCAAGUUCAUGCCCUGCACCGGCGAUCAGCAGAUCGUGUCCUGCUCGGGAGACGGGGUCAUCUACUACACCAACACGGAGAAGAGCGCGGAGGUGAACAGACAGUGCCAGUUCACCUGCCACUACGGCACGGCCUACGAGAUUACGACAGUCCCGAAUGACCCGUACACCUUCCUGUCGUGCGGGGAAGACGGCACUGUCCGGUGGUUUGACGUCCGAACCAAAACCAGCUGCACAAAAGAAGACUGUAAAGAUGACAUUCUUAUCAAUUGCCGACGGGCUGCCACCUCAAUAUCAAUCUGCCCCCUGUUGCCGUAUUACCUGGCUGUCGGCUGCUCGGACAGCUCGGUGAGGAUCUACGACCGACGGAUGCUGGGAACGAGAGCGACAGGUAACUACGCGGGUCGGGGGACGACGGGGAUGUGCGUGCGCUUCGUCCCUGCGCACCUGUCCAACAAGCCAUGCCGCGUGACCUCGCUGUGCUACAGCAGUGACGGGCGGGAGGUCCUGGUCAGCUACUCCUCCGACUACAUCUACCUUUUCAACCCCAACGACGACCAGGCGCGCGAGCUGAAGGGGCCGUCCCAGGAGAGGAGGGAGGAGCUGCGGCAGCCCCCUGUGAAACGCCUCCGCCUGCGAGGAGACUGGUCCGACACGGGACCCCGAGCUCGGCCGGAGAGCGAGAGGGAGAGGGACGGAGAGCAGAGCCCCAAUGUGUCCCUGAUGCAGAGGAUGUCGGACAUACUCUCCCGCUGGUUCGAGGAGGCCAGCGAAACCCAGAGCAGCAGGGGUCGACCUCAGCCAGGCCCUGGAGAAGCAGAAGUUCGACCAGAAGAGGGUACCUCUUCUGUAGACCCUGCCCCCUUAGACCCCACACCCAAUGAAAGGCCCAUGGAGGUGGAGACUCCAGCAGAGCCCCUCCUCAAAGUAGCUUCCUCCUCCCCCUCCUGUGGGUCCUCCUCCAGAGUGACUGCCCCUCCCCCUUCCACAUCAUCAUCCACAGAGAGCCCCCUCUCCUCCCUGCCCUGUAACAAUGCACAGAAAAGCCAGGACUCUCCUGUAGCCACGCCCACUGCCAGCCCUCAGAUGGAGCCCACGCAGUCUGUGGGCGUGGUUUUUGUUCCAGACUCCCCCUCGUCCGCCGUAAACAAACAGCUCGGAUCCAUGACUCUGGAUGAGCGGCAGGGGAGCUCAGAGCCUGGGGCGGGAAGUUGUGUCGGUCCUCCGGUGGCUGAUGUGCAACCGGGGACGGCUGAACCGGUCCUGAGCCUGCACUAUAGCUCAGAGGGCACCACAACCAGCACCAUCAAACUGGACUUCACAGACGAGUGGAGUGGCAGACCCCCCAGUGCCAGGACCAGCAGUGUCCCCAGGCUGGGUGGAGCAGAGGACAGCCAGUUGCCCCAGGACAGAGAGGACCCGGCACCAGAGAGCUCAGAGCAUGGAGAUCCAGCUGAGAGCGGUUCUAGUCCAGAAACAGGUUGGGGAGUGGGGCUGGGGGGGAGAGAGAGCGCCCCCCGCAGCCCAGAAGAACCCUCCGGUUCCUCGGGCCACAUCCCAGCCGAGGCUCCUCUCGCAGAGCACAGCUCGGCCAUCCUACACACGGCGGAGACCCCCACGGAGCCCGCAGGGGAGGGGAGCCCUGCGCAGGGCUCCCGCGGCAACCAGGACUCAGACGAUAGCGAUGACGACCCCAUCCUAGUACCUGCUGCGAGAUAUCCGGCAGGGCAGGGGCAGAGAUUUCAUUUCAGAGGUUCGGCAGUGGGUGAGAGACUGAUGAGGCGUUCGGCAGCUGCCCGAAUCCAGGAGCUCUUCCGCCGGAGGAAGGAGAGGCGGGAGAUGGAGGAGAGCGAGACGCAGAACAUCAGGAGACCUGCUGUGAAAAUGGUCUACAAAGGCCACCGCAACUCCCGGACAAUGAUCAAGGAGUCCUGUUUCUGGGGGAACAAUUUUGUCAUGAGCGGGUCAGACUGCGGCCACAUCUUCAUCUGGGACCGCCACACGGCCAGGCACCUGAUGCUGCUGGAGGCCGACAACCACGUGGUCAACUGCCUGCAGCCUCACCCGUACGACCCCAUUCUGGCCUCAUCUGGCAUAGACUACGAUAUCAAGAUCUGGUCUCCGCUGGAACAGUCACUCUCCUUCAACAGGGCGCUGGCGGAAGAGGUGAUCACACGUAACGAGUUAAUGCUUGAGGAGACGAGAAAUACCAUCACAGUCCCCGCGUCCUUCAUGCUCCGGAUGCUGGCCUCCCUCAAUCACAUCAGAACAGACCGUUUGGAAGGUGACCGCUCAGAAGGUUCCGGACAGGAAAACGAGGACGAGCAGUAGUCAUCCAUUUUUUUUUAUUACUGUUUUGCUAUGAGGCACUUGGACACUGAAAUUUGUAUAAGUAAAAUGUAGAAUAUUUUCCAAAUCUGUGGAUCUAAUGCAAUUUUUAGCUUUUAAAAAAAAAAACCCAAUUACCAUUUACUCAUGGGUAAACAUCA